AAGAUGACUGAUAAAACAGCAAUGUUAACUGAAGUGACAUAUGCUGAAAUCAGAUUUGCAGAAAAUACAGACACAAAUGUUCCACCAAAUGAUCAAAAGAAGCUGGAAAAUAACUCAGAAGUAAAGACGGAAGGAUUGAUCUCCCACUUCAAUAUUACAAUUGCUCUGGCUGUUGCCGUGUGCAUCUUGAUGAUAACACUCAUUGGAAUUGCAAUAGCAUAUGCGUCUUGUGCAAAACAAUUAAAGUGGAUGGAAAUACAAUUGGAUAAAGUAGCUACAUCAUCAGGUGUAAAAAAUAUCAAUAAAGUGAGGCAACGUGACAUUUGUGCAAAAGACUGGACAACAUGUAAUGAGAGCUGUUACUUUUUCUCUAAAGAAAAGAAAUCUUUUGACACCAGUAAACAACUUUGUGAAGACAUAAAUGCAACAUUAAUUGUUUUUGAAGAUGUCAAGGAACAGGAAAUUGUGAGAUGUAGCAAUAAGGAAAAUCUGUUUUAUUGGAUUGGUCUAACUAAAAAUGAGAGCAGUGAAAUGUGGAACUGGAUAAAUAACUUGCCUUAUCAUAACCUGAGUUUAUUUAAUAAUUCCAAUCACACAGGCAAGAACUGUGCCUCUAUAUCCCAGGCGAAAUGGUAUGCAGAAGAUUGCAGUCAACCAAAGUACUGGAUCUGUGAGAAGAAAGCUUUGUGAAGUAGAGAAUACAAAUGAAAUCACCAGCCAUCUCAGAAAAUUCAUAUAUUGUGAGAUGAUAGCAAGAGUUUACUUAUUUGAACAUCUUCUUAGUUAUUUAAAGAAAAUGAAUGUUAAACAAUUUGUAAUGCUAACUCAGAGGUAUGUUUAACAUAUAAUGUUGAUGCUUUGUUACCAACUGCAUUUACACUAUAUAUAAAAAAUAGCAAAAAUGAAAAUGGAUAUAUUUUUUUUUUGGCUUACAAUAUUUUUUUUCUGAUAUGAUAUUUUGUACUGUAUACUCAAGCCACCUAAAUAAUUUGUGCACUAGUAAUGCAACUUGUUAACCUUAUUAUUGAGAAACUGUAAUUUUUUUAUGUUUGCUUUCCAGAUUAAGAUCAAAUGUUUUUCUAAAAUGGUGAAAUAAAAAUGUUAAUUUCCUUGAUCUUCUUCUGCUUAUAUUAAAGUAAGAUAGGUGAAGAUUGGGAUGCCUAGAAGAUAAGUACAUUUAAAAUAAAUGGAUGAACCAAAAGAUACUCUGUCUUUAAUGAGCUCUUAUAUUAUAUGACUUACCUUCUUUUUUAUGUAAAUUUUAUAGUUUCAUUGUGAUGUAACAUUUCAUUUAGUGAUUUAUUUUAAUCCCUAAUGUUUUUAAAGAAACUGGUGUUCAAUCAUUUUGACAAUGAUUAAACUUAGGAAUAGAAAUUUUGUGGUUGGAACAUACAAGUAUAUUAUUGUAUAAAUUAUAUUUUUAUAAAUGCAUAGUACAAUAAAAUGAAAGCUCUAGUUUCUUGAGUAAAUGCAGAUUAGGCAUAUCUCACAUCAUUUAUGUGUAUAAA